UGUCGAACUGUGGAUGUAAGAGACUAUGACUGCAAGGACCUAUCUAUGCUACCGGACACGCGCGAAUUUUGUAACCAUAGUUACCGUAUUAAUAACAGAACGAAAAAUAAUUAAUAAACUUCUACAAUGAAAUUAAAAAUCUCUUCUUUUAAAGAACCGAAACAUGUUGGAGUUGUUAUAUGUGUUAGCUGGAAUAAUACUGAAGAUGUAUUCUCUUGCGGUGACGACCACAAAUUAUUAAAAUGGAAUCUAGUAAACAGCGAAUGCAUGACCGUAAUGACAUUCUCUGAUGACUUUUACCCUACGGGAAUGCACUUAUUCCCAAAGAUAAACAUGGGUGGUAAUAAACAUCAACAUGAUGUUAUACUAAUUUCUACAGCAGACGGCAAAUUUCAUAUAGUAAACCACAAUGGGCGUAUAGAAAAAACCAUUAAUGCUCAUCAAGGAGCUUGUCUCGCUGCACAAUGGAGUCCCGACGGGGCUGGUCUUCUGACAGCUGGGGAAGAUGGUUUCGUCAAAGUAUGGUCUCGGAAUGGGUUGCUACGCUCUACAAUUGUACAGUCUGAUGUACCAUGCUACAACGCCGUAUGGAGUCCGGAUAGCAGUGCCAUCUUGUACACCAAAGAAAACUUCUUAGUGAUUAAACAUUUAAAUUCCAAUAACAAAAUCAUAAAAUGGAAAGCUCAUGAAGGCCUAAUCUUAUGUGUGGCGUGGAACGCUAACAAUAACAUGAUUAUAUCUGGCUCUGAAGACGGUUUCUCCAAGAUUUGGGAUACCUUCGGUCAACAAAUAUCUGUCAGUGUGAAACACGACCAACCUAUUACCAGCGUUAGUUGGUCACCUGCCGGUGACCUAUUUGUUAUUGGAAGUUACAACCUCUUGCGAUUGUGCAGUGCCAAUGGUUGGUCCCACUGUCUAGAUCGACCAGCUACUGGCAGCAUUUAUAAUAUUGCUUGGUCUUCUGACGGUACCCAACUGGCAGCUGCUUGUGCUAAUGGACAUGUUAUGUUCGCUCAUAUUAUAGAAAGGGAAUAUACUUGGAAAAACUUUUCCUGCACACAAACGGGUCGCAAAGUUAUUUCCAUUAAAGAUAUAAUCACUGACCAGAGCGAUCAAUUGGACUAUCCAGACAGGGUCAUACAAAUCGCCCUGGGUUUCAAUCACCUUGUAAUAGCUACCGUCAAACAAUGCUUUAUUCAUAAACUAAGCUCGUGGAAUACGCCAGUGACAUUCGAUCUGAAAGAAGGCACGAUUAGCAUGAUUUUGUUGUCUGAAAGAUGUUUAUGCGUAGUAGAAAGAGCCGGUCUAUCCGUAUACAGUUAUAUGGGCCGAUUACUGGCUAGCCCACGCUGGGGCGCCCGACCAGAUACCCUCGGUCGAGCAGGCUUAUCUCUUGGACCUGAUUCUCUUGCUGCUAUUGAUCAAACAGAUCGUAAACUUAUCCAUGUGUUCGAUCUACCAACUGGAUUGAUAGUCCGAAGUUCAUCAGAUAAUACAGUAACAAAGUUGUCCCAUAAGAUGACAGUCUCGGACAUCGCUCUCAGCCAAUCAGGACCGAUUAGUGAGAGACAGCUGGCAUUGCUCGACUAUAAUCGAGACUUGUAUGUCAUUACAGUAAAGGAUCCAAAGGCUAAAUUUAAUAAAUUGGGCUCCCAAAUUCUCGACAUAGUUUGGAGUUCGGAAACCGAAUUAUUAGUAGGUUUACGCGCCAGCUCGGUAGUGGCUUGGUGUUGCCCUCGUGCCGCUACACAAACUGAUUGGCUAGCGCUAACUACUGUUAGCAAGGAGAUUACAGAUCUAGGUCGCAACCCGUCCGUCGUGUGUGUCGAAGACGGCGUCGCCCGUAUUUGUCGUGGAAAUGGCUCAAUGCUGCACGUGUCACUCGCUGCCUUUCCCGAGAAGUUGUUGAAACAUGUUGCCGCUAAUAUGUGGCAAGCUGCAUUACAGUUGUGUCGCACAGUAGAGGACGAGACACUAUGGGCAUGUCUGGCGGUAUUAGCAUGGCAACAACACCAACUCGCCGUCGCAGAAGAAGCAUUCGCGCUGAUUCAUCAGUACCAACAAGUUUGUUACAUACAACAUCUCAGGAAUACUAUUCCGGAAAAAUUAUCAAGCGGAAGAUUAACUGUUAAUUAGAGUAGUAGUUUAUAGUAGAUACUUAUGUUUUAAAUUAAAUGUAUCAUGAGAAUAGAUAAAUUAAAAACGUUUUGUUACAAUAUAAGUCCAUUUAUGUAACAUAAAAUUUAUUAAACAUUCCUUUUUAGUCUAUAUUUUAAU